AUGAAUCAACCGAAUAAUGUAACAGAGAAUGUUGUAUCUGUAUUUGGAUGUUCGCAGGCUGGAUGUGAAAAUAACGGAUACGAAUCAAUGAAUGGAUCUGAGAUCGUUUGCAUUUUAGAACCACAACCGGAUGAUUAUUUAUCGACAUGGGUUUUGCCUUGCGUUUACAGUAUUAUUUUUCUAUUAGCCCUCAUAGGUAAUGGAUUAGUCUGUUUUGUGGUACUCUCGUCACCGCGCAUGAAAACAGUGACGAACUUUUUUAUAAUGAGCUUGGCAGUGGGUGAUAUAUUAAUGACUUUAUUCUGUAUACCAUUUACUUUUGUGUCAACGCUUAUCUUACGUUACUGGCCGUUUGGUGAAUUAAUGUGUACGUUAGUGACCUAUUCGCAAGCAGUAUCAGUGUUAGUUAGUGCAUACACACUCUCAACAAUAUCAGUUGAUAGAUGUUUUGUGAUAACCCGACCUUUGAAGCCAAGAAUAGAGAAAAAGACAGCUAAGCUAGUGAUAUAUACAGUUUGGGGUGGGGCUUUAGCGACGGCUGCGCCUAUAUUAAUAGUAUCUCAACUGGAGAAACCUUCUUUAUGGCAUCAAGUUUGCGAUUUGUAUGUUUGCAGCGAGAAAUGGACUUAUCCUGGACAGAAUGAACACUACACCUGCGCAUUACUGAUUCUCCAAUUCGCACUGCCGCUGACAACACUCAUUUUUUCGUACGGUUGUAUGGCUUAUAAAGUGUGCAAUGAGCGGCCGCCUGGCGAGGCGGAUAUUGUAAGGGAUAUGCGAAUACAUCAGUCUAAGCGAAAGAUGAUUAAAAUGAUGAUAACCAUUGUGGUCAUAUUCGCGGUGUGUUGGCUACCACUUAAUAUCUUUAACUUAUUAUACAAGGCACACGAAUAUGACGACUACAGGGGCAGAAGACCGCGAAUGCCGUACGGUUGGUUCAUAAGCCACUGCUUGGCCAUGUCGCAUUCCUGCUUCAAUCCAAUAAUAUACUGCUACAUGAACGAGAGAUACCGCAGGGAAUUUGUACAGAAAAACAACGACAAAGCGAUAAAACCCGUUAUACAAUAA